AUGCCUCCAUCACGAACCAACAAGAACAACGAUCAGGAUCGACGGGAUCGUCGUCCUGGUCCUCUAAGCCGACCUCCUGAGCGCACUAGUGCGAGGGAUAAGUCGACUCAGCGAGAAAUGGUAGAGGUCGGAUCUGCGAGCCGCAUCUCUCAACCAACACGGGGGCUCUCUUCGACCCCACGAGGAGACCGCCGUGGUCGAGGCCGGGGCGGAUAUGCUGGUGUGGGUGGAAGAGGUGGUCACUCUUCAAACAGGCCCAGUAGCUCUACGCGCUGGAACCAGUCUCAGCCCGAGCCAGAGACUGUGUACAAGCACACCGACACGGCCCUGAUGACUCGUGUGUGUGCCGCGGACGGAAUGUUCGCCACCAAACUCACUCCUACGGGACUUGGUGGUGGCCACGGCAACAACUGGUUCGCCAAAACCCCCGACAAGGGUUACUGGAUUCGUUCAGAAACGGGAACGGGAGUUGACGCGAUGCUCCAGCGUCUGAAGCGCGAUAAUCCCGAAGCCACCGGCUUCAAUAUCACAGCUUCGUGCAUCAUUCCCGACAAGUUCGAGGCUAUCGACCGAGACCAUACUCAGAAGAUAGUCAUGAACAACGACUUCCGGGACAAGGACGGCAAGCCAGCCGGCCUCUUCGGUACAGGCAUUCAACCUCUAAGUGAGAGGAAACCUGUCCCCAAAGGAGCUUGCGAGCUGUGCGGCAGCAAGAAGCACUUGUUGUCUGACUGCAUCGAAAGAGGUUUCAAGGGUCAGGUGAGUGGCUGCAGUAUCUGCAACAGCCGCUCACAUUACGUUGAUUCUUGCGACCACUUCAACUCAAUGUCCUUGCUAGAGAAGGUCCAGACUCUCGUUCAGAAGCGAGCGAACAGGCCUCCUAUGAAAACUUCAACGCCCUGGUGGAGAUACCUCCACUCGUUCUGCAGCGGCGAGGAAUUCGUCCCGAACGUCGUGGUGGAUUUCCCCUGGUCCAAGCCGUUCUGCGAGAAGAAGGGCUCCAAGGGCAUGAAGAAGAUCCAGCAAGACUUCGACGCCAACCCUGACGGGUACAAGUUCGAGCGUGAUCCGAAGUUGUCGACCUUUCGCCAGGUGUCCGAUACUUACUGGGAAUCAAGCGGAUUGCCUUGGCCCGAGGUCCUCGGCCCUCGCAUCAAAUCUGAGGACGUCGGCGGGCAGGUCAUCAAGACUGAGCCGGAGGCUUGA